AUGGAGAUAAUGAGACGAGGGCGAAUUAUCAUGGAAAGAAGAGCACUGCCCCAUUCGCUCUCAUCCUCAAUCGGUGUGGAUUCCUCGUCUCAUCCUCCACGCAGACCCAUUCGGCGAGGGUCUCCUGCUGCUUUACCCUCUUUGCUGUCUCCUCCUACUCGCCCCUGGACGGCUAGAGCCUCUCGAUCAGCCACUCCCUCUCGCCCCGGGGUUGCUCCUCGACCUCGGCCGGCUACUCCCGUUCAUCCCCGGGCUCCCACUCGCCCCCGGGCCCCACGUACUGUCCAACCUGCUUCAUCUACACCAUUAUCUCCUGUUAGUGCUCCUAGAUCCACUUAUAUCCCUAGUCGGGGGCUCGGCGAAAGAGUGAUGGGCCUUGGUGUGGGUACAAGCAAUGUUUCCUUUACCAACUCUGCCUCUCGGGAUGCUUACCAAGCGGCUCGUCAAGCCCGUACUGCGAAUGAUCGCUUGAACCAGAAUGUUUCCAGUCCUUCUAGGCGCAGGGCUCGAUCACCCUCAGAUGACUCCGAUUCUGAUGACCAGCCACUAUGUCAGAGGCGUCGGCGCCUAGUCCCUCGCGUAAUACCAGACUCGAGCCCCUCCUCUAUUCCUUCUCCUCCACGUGCAGCUGACUUUACCCCAUCCCAUCAGGUGAUUCCACCUCCAAUCCCGAGCCAUGCAGACGACCUUCCUAUUCCAUCCAGUAAUCAGACUGUGCCCCCGUUGGCUCAACCGUUCCGCACGCAACACACUCAAGGUGAUGAAGCUGGCCCUUCAACACGCCCUUCGACUGUCCCUCCUGCAGAGCCCCUUCAGGGACCAUCUUCGGCUCCCUCUGGUGCAACCGCCGAGCCUUCAGCUACUCCCGGCUCAGCCGUGGGUCCUUCAGGACCCCCUCCGCUUACUUAUCAAGACUAUUGCACUACCUUUCCUUCUGAAGCACAGUUAUGGUCUCAAACAGAUGUUCCCACAAGCUCUUUGAAAAUGAAAGGUCGUCUGGCCACUCUAUGGGAAGAAAAUACUUCUGGCAUAUUUCAGGCCUGUGCAGAAUCCUUGAUAAUGAAUCAUUCUUUCCAUGCCACCCAUCAUCAGAAUAAGAUGUUGCAAGACCAUGUGGCUGAACUGGAAUUACAACUAAAUGAUCCUGCCCAGGCCAGUCAUGCCUUGCGAGCAGAGAUAAAAUCUUUGACCAGCUUCAGAGCAUCAAAGAGCGAUGGACCAAUUAGCUCAAAAGUUACGUGCUGCCAAGGCCUUGGUGCUGGCUCAAGAUCAAAGUUGAAAUCACAGGAGGUCCGUUUGACAUUUCAAGAGACCCAAUUGGCUUCCCAAGCAACAGAGUUGGCCACUGCCAGAAGUGAACUGGCUCAAGCUAGGGCCACCACAGAGGGCGUGUCAACAGCUCUAGCCCUUUACAGAGAAGGGGAAAACGAUCGCUGCCUGCAACACCGAGCCGAGUAUCUGCGUUCUCCAGAAUUUUGUGCACAGGUGGGACAUCGCUUUUCCACAUCUGCUAUCUACGGGGCGGGAGGGGCUCUACGACAACUUCAUGAGCAGGACUAUUUAAGGUCCAUUCCACCUCCUGAAUUCUUAGACCACGAUCGGAUCAUCAAAGAGAUUCCAGAUGAAAUAUUUGCCCCUUUCGACUGA